AUGGAUAGGUAUCAGAAGACCGUCCGGCGCGUGAAGAGCCUGACGCCAGAGCUCGCCCUCCACUACAUCCUACCGGCCCUCAAGCCGGGGCCGUUCAAGGAUAGCGUCUGCAGACAAGCACCCAAGACGAUGGAAGAGCUGAGAGAGCGGGCGACAGAUGAAAUAAGGGUGGAGGAGAUGAAGCUCUCGUACAAAAGGGAGAGCCAGGAGGUAAGGGGAGAAAGGGCGGACGGUGGCAAGCCCAGUUCCUCAGCAGGAAAACCGUCCGGUCCUAAACAUAAAGAGCAGCGAAGAGGACCCCGCUUCCAGCAGUACACCCCCCUGAACGCCCCACGGGAGAAAAUCCUCCGGGAGGCAUUAAGUGCAGAUUUGAUCCCAGAGCCCGCGGGUCGCCCAACUCCGAAAGAUGCCGACGGGAGCAAGCACUGCGCUUACCACAAAAAUAUGGGUCACACCACCGAGGAGUGCGUGACCCUCAAGGAUAAGAUAGAAGAGCUCAUCCGGGCGGGAAAGCUCAAGAAAUACGUCCGUGGAGAGCGCCCACCAAAACCAGUCGAUCGGCCUGCCCAGCGAUCGGCUUACCGUUCAGAUACGCCGAGGAAUUCAGGGACUGAGCGACCUCGCUCAGAGCGACGACCUAGCCGAAGCCGCAGCCGAAGUCGAGAACGCCCCCUGCGGGGGCACAUCAACACCAUUUCUGGAGGACUUGCGGGAGGAGGGUCGUCCUCCUCCGCUCGUAAGCGCCACGUACGAGCCCUCCAGUCAGUACACUUGGUUGACCAACCACGUCGCACCAUGCCGGACAUCACUUUCUCGGACGAAGACUUCCAUGCGCCCGACCCUGACCAGGACGACCCGAUGGUCAUAACCGCCGAAAUAGCGCGAUACUGA